AUGGGCAACCACAAGUCGGUUCCUCAUUCGCGAGAUAUAGAUAUACGAAGCUUGUCCAUGGAAUCUUUUCCAUACCUAAACAACCAAUCUCCGAGGUCUUUCGGCCACCUCAAAACCUCAAUAAUCGAGCACCAAAAAUGCUUCUCAAAGCCCAAGGCUCCUCCUCUCAAAUUCAACAAGCACAUUCGGAUCCAUUUGAUCCAUUUGAGGGCUCCUUUUACUGUGGACGGCCUAUGUUGGAGACUAAUCCAAGAAGUCGUAGCACUUACUAGACCCGUCUUGUUUAUCUCGAGAGCUCCAACCACGAAGAAGAGCUUCCGCUCCUCGUUCACUUCUCGCUUUUUCAACCAAGCCUUGUCGGAUUUUGACAAGGGACUUGAAGAGAGGGUGUCCUUCUUGGCUUGCAUGUUCCAAAGCGUCCGAGUGAGUAACGCUUGGUUCCAAGCUUCCAAGUCUCAGAGACCCAAUCCACCUUCCGAUCGUGAGCCGAUCGGUGAUUCGCUCCGCAGUAAGGGGUACCCCGAGGUAACGGAAAGGCAUUGGACCACUUUGCAACGCGAAUGUGUGUACACUCUUUACGUCCAAACCGGAUCGAUCAUAAAAGCCGGAACGGACUCCAACAUCACCCUCACAUUAAGCGAUUCCAAAGGCCAAUCGGUUUGGAUCCAAAAUCUCAAGGACUGGGGCCUAAUGGGCCGUAAACACGACUACUUCGAAAGGGCCAACCUAGAUAUAUUCACGGGCCGAGGCCCAUGCAUAGGGGCGCCAAUUUGCAGGCUCAACGUGACUUCGGAUGGGUCGGGUCCCCACCCGGGCUGGUUCUGUGAUUUUGUUGAGGUGACGUCUACUGGGCCCCACAAGGGCUGCAGCCAGUCCAGCUUUUACGUUGACCAGUGGCUGGCGACAGAUGUCCCGCCCUACCAGCUGUCCGCAGUUCUUGAUGGGUGCAAGGAUAAGGCCCAGUUGGGUAAUGGGCCGCUAGCCGUUAGAAGGCCCAUUAGCUCAGCUGCUGAGUAG